AUGGACCCUGCCUCACAGACGCACUGCGUCCUCCUGCUAGACCUGCCUGCGAACGCCUUGGGCGGCAUCGACUUGCUUUCCUUCACAAUCACACCCCGCUUCAAAGGCGUGAAGAACCUACCGCCAGGUCUGCAUUUCGCCUUCGCCGCUAGCGACGCUUCCCUUUCUGUGAGACAUGGAGCGUGGUUCUACGUUACCCCAGGUGGUGGAGCGCCGCAGGUGUUCAUCAAGAAGUGGGACCCCGAGACCGAAGACCUAGUAGCGGAAACAUCGCAGACGGAGCUACUGAAGUGGAAAGCGAAUCUGGGCGCAGUUUGGAAGGAGAGCCUAACGCCCUACCGACAAACAGUGCAGGCCGGGGAUACAGCCGAAGAUGACGCCGUGGAAGAAUCGUCAGACUGGGGCGAACUCACCUCACGAAUAUCACAAACUCUACUCACCAGAAUAUGUGGCCUGAAUCCGGAUCAUUGGGCCCUGACAUCUGCUUCCUCUGCGGCCCAAGACUUGGAGAGCAUACCUGGGUUGGAAGCGAGCAACAGCGCUUUGCAUCCAGAGAAGGAGCUUCGCUUCUUUCCAGUAGAGCUCAAGCAGACAUGGCGGGAAGGAGCGACAGGACGAGAACGUACUGAAGCCGCCCAAGAUCGCUCGUGGGCACUUGGAGAUUUGAUCGAAAAGCACGGCAUCAGCAAAGACUCUCGAAGCCGCGACUUUGAGAUCUUGGGCGAACUACAGUUCUGCUUUCUGAUGGUGUUGACAUUGAACAACAAUUCUUGCUUGGAGCAGUGGAAGCGACUGCUCAGCCUGCUGUUGACGUGCCAGGCAGCUGUCAAAGAGCGCUUUCACUUGUUCCUGGAACUUAUAAGAACUCUGCGGUUGCAGUUGGCUCACUGUGGCGAUAUGGAUGCCAGUAUGUUUGACUUGAACGAACACGGCGGAGGCUUUCUAAGGCCACUACUCCGAAAGUUUCGCAAAGGCCUCGAUGACUUCGACGGGAAGCGCAAAUCUGACAUCGUCGACGAAUUCGAUGACCUCCAAGAUUUCCUGCAAAAGGAGUUUAGGUGGCAGCUGGAUGACUCAUACGUAAAACGGGGUAUGCUGGAGCUAGAGGAUGGCGAGCAAGUCGAAAUGGACAUGAACGGCGCGGAUGAGGACGACGAGACUGGCGACUUUGCACCCACGAUCGUUGAGCUGACACCUGCCCAGCUAAAACAGCUGAACGGCAGCAAGGCGAAUGGCUUACUUGUGGAUGAAUCAGAAGAAGAGGCCGAUCUUGACGAAAUGGACACACGGUAUUGA